GCAGUAUUAUUCUUGUAGUCUUCGUUAAAUAAAUAGCUUUAUUUAUUUUUUUUAAAAGGAUUCUGCUUAUUGAAUUUACUCUAAGCACAUCGCAGGAAAUUCGUAACAAAUUGGCGUCAGAAGUGGGAUCGAAUAGUGAAGAUAAAGGAAAAUGGCUGAUCUUCAUCGAGAAUCUCUGUCGAAACUCACUGUGGCCGCAUUGAAAGACGAACUGUCGGCGAGGAAUUUGCCCACAUCAGGACUGAAAGAUGACUUGAUCGAACGUCUUCGAGAAGCUCUUGAAAGAGAGCAAAGUUGUGGUGGUAUAUCCGACAACGUUGGUGAAACGAAUGAGCAGAGUAAGAAAGCUGCGGAAGAAAAGCAGAAGGAAGAAUCCGCAUUGGAAGACAAAUUAACGCAACUUUUGUCAUUCAUGACAGAAAUGAAAGCUGGACAAGUUGAAAUGAAAACAGAAAUGAAAGCAGGACAAGUCGAAAUGAAAGCAGGACAAGCAGAAAUGAAAUCUGAGAUGAAGGAAAUUAAUAACGCCGUGAAGGUAGCCAAUGCUAAAGUAGAGGAAUUUGAAGGAAGAUUAGAAGAAAUGGAAAAGAAAUUUGAGAAAUUGAAGCAAGAAAUGGAAGUUCAAGUUACUGAAGAAUCAAGAGAGUCCUAUGAAACUCCUCAAGAAUUUGGAUUGGCUGCUGCAAAUCAAUCUCAAAAUGCUCGAUAUAUGCCUGUUGUCAACAGACCCUGUAUGAAAUUACUGCCGUAUGACGGACAAACAUCUUGACAGGUGUAUAAGACGCAAUUCGCCAUUGUCGCAGAAGCUAAUGGCUGGGAUCCAAUUACCAAAGCUCGCCAAUUGGCUUCUUCUCUCCGAGCCGAAGCUGCAGAUAUACUGAGGACCAUUCCCGAUAAUGAACAGUUAAAUUUUGAUGCUCUUUCAAGUGCCCUAGAGUUGCGUUUUGGCGAGAAAUGCCUGAAGGAUUAUAGCCGACUUCAGUUAAA